AUGAAAGUGACCGUGUGCUUCGGUCGGACCCGGGUCGUAGUCCCGUGUGGGGACGGGAAUAUUAAAAUCCACUCGCUCGUCCUUCAGGCUGUCACGCGCUACAAGAAAGCUAUCGCCAAGAAUUAUUUUGUAGAUCAUACCUCGAUAAUAAAUGAAUACAAGACAUUAAUCGACUCCAACUAUGAAAACGUUAUGGAGUAUGACUAUCUAUCUGGUGAGAAUGUGCUGCUGGCUGACCGCUACACUGAGCUUCUGAUCGUUAAGACACACAGAAAGCAGACAGAAAUAGAGGAGGAGAAAUGUUUCAGAGGAAAACAUCACCAGCAGCUCUUAAAAACCAGGGCCAGUGAAGCGCACAACAGAAUCACUGUUGACCAGUUGUUCAAACCCGAUGACGGUGGAAAGGUUCCAAAGGAAGUCAUUCUCCAGGGCCAAUCUGGACAUGGCAAAUCCUUCACUGCUCAGAAGAUCAUGUACGACUGGGCCUCAGGAAAUGUAUUCAAAGACCUGUUCCACCUUGUUCUUCACCUUAAAUGCAAAGAGUUUAAUGAAAUCUCAGAGGCACACAGUCUGGUGGAUCUCCUGAGCUACUCUCCAAGCUUCACCAGUGAGACUGCAGAGGUGCUGAAGGACUCAAAGAUGAAAGUGCUCUUCCUCGUUGAUGGCUUUGAUGAGCUCAAGUUCUCAUUUGAGAAAACUAGCACAGUGCCACCUAAAGACCCUUUCACAAAAGCUCCUGUUGAGGCCACUCUGAGUGCUCUGCUGAAAGGGCUUGUCCUGCCUAAGUGCUUCCUGCUGGUCACCACCAGGUCCACUGCUUCAGACAAACUGAGCAAUCUGCUCAGUAGUUCUCAGCGUUUCACUGACAUCCUAGGCUUCACUGAGGAGGGGGUAAAGGAGUACUUCCAGAGGUUUUUCAAAGAAGAACUGCUAGCAAAGAAAGCAUUCGACUGUGUGAAGCCCAAUGAGACUUUGUACACUGCCUGCUUCAUCCCCGUCAUCUGCUGGAUCACCUGCACAGUUUUCAGGGAGCACGAAAAAAAGAAGGAAGAAGAGAAGAAGAAGAAGAAGGAAGAAAAAGGCACGGACAUCACUAAGGAACUCAAAACAACCACCUCUAUAUUUGUGCACUUUGUGUCCACUCUGCUGGAGCAUCACUGCCAGGGUUUGAGUCAGCCUGAAACACUGCUGAGGAGCCUGGGCCAGCUGGCAGAGAGAGGGUUACAGGAACAUCAGGUCCUGUUUGAUGAGAAGACUUUGUCUGAGGCUUUCCCUGAUCCAUCACAAGCAACCAAACACAAUCCUUUCCUCUGCAAAUUCUUGCAAAGGAAGAAUGUCAAACAGGAAAGCAUGUACAGUUUCAUGCAUCUGAGCUUCCAGGAAUUCUUUGCUGCUCGCCAGUACCUGAUGUUGGAGAAUGAGGAAGAGGCACUUAAAAAGCUACAGGAGUUGUUAGAAAACGUUGAACUUUUUAAACCUGUUAUUCAAUUCCUUUUUGGGCUUUCAAACAGAGACAUUUACCCACACCUGAAAAAGCAGUCCUGGCCAUCCAUUCAAGCUCAUCUGCAGGAGUGGCUUCUAAGCGUUUUGAAACGUGACGUGUAUAAAGAGGGUCACAGAAUGUAUCAAGAGAGUAUGCUGCAUCUACUGCAUUGUCUCUAUGAGCUCCAUGAGGAGGAGUUUGUAAGGGAGGCCAUGGGAGUCUGGGGUGAGAUGGAGUUUGACUCCAUUCCCCUGACGAGGACAGACUGCUGGGUGCUGCUGUACUGCCUGCAGUGCUACCCGACCAUCAAAAGCCUGAAGCUCACGAAGUCCAACAACAUAACAGCAGAUAAGCUGAGGAUGCUGCAGCCUGCACUGAGCAGGUGUGAGGAGCUGGGGUCUCCAGGUGACUGUGUUGGGGUUCUUGAGUCCUUCACUGACUGGUGGACUCUGCCUGGUCUGGAGAAGGUGAAGUUGAAGGUGAGCUGCCUGACUGAGAGCUGGGCUUACUGGAUCCUCAACCUCAUCCACAUGUGCCCCACUCUGAAGGAAGUAAAGAUGAGAUGCACUAAACCCAGUGGGAAGUGUAGAGAGGGAGAUGACCCCAAACUGCCCUGCAACAAGAAUCAAUCAGUUACUGGACUCUGGCUCUCUUCUAAGAUCCCCAACCUCCAACAGCAAUCAGUUACUGGACUCUGGCUCUCUUCUAAGAUCCCCAACCUCCUACAGCAAUCAGUUACUGGACUCUGGCUCUCUUCUAAGAUCCCCAACCUCCUACAGCAAUCAGUUGCUGGACUCUGGCUCCAAGAUGGUCAGAAACAGGGCCAGCUAGACUACGUGUCCUUAUAUGACAGUGACAGUGGCGAGGACAUAGACAAGAGAAUGACAUUGAUUGGCGUUGGGAUAAGGGUGUGCCAGGCCAAGGAGAGUGGAGAGUUCCGGCGGCCUGCGCAUAUCAUUAUUGACCGUGACCGGGACCGGGAGGCGUGA